AUGGCACCUCCGGAAGGGGAAGAGGCCCAAUCGCAGGCCUAUUACAUAAUCCAGGCUGCUCAGCAGCGAAACGCAAUGAAAACGCAAGGUGACCAGCUAGAUAGGGAUAUUGCGCGGGGUGUCAAGGAAUUGGAGGCUCUGGAGAACACGGUGAAUAUCAUGAAUGGGUGCAAUCGAAACUACUGCCAGUCUCAUUCGGAAGUUCCUGAAGAUUCAGAACUCGCCAAUUUGAAGCGCGAACUGGAGGAAACCCUUAAAAUGACUCUGCUUACAGGAGCUACGAAAAGGCGAUACAAUACGGAACUAAGGAGCAAAUGCAAUGAGUUCGUAGAGUCGAGCGCUACUUUGGAGGCCGAAUUGGCGAAGACAAAUAUUGCAGAGAAAGUGUUGUUGGAAAAGAUUGAACUCCAGGAAAAGGAACUGAAAAGCCUGGAGGAGCGGCUUGUCAGAGCACAAAAAUGCAUGAAAAAGGCCAAGGCGACUGCCCGAGAGACAAAAAAGCUGGAAACUGACACCUGGAAACAAUUUUCGGAUGAUAUCGAGGCGCGGUUAAUCGGGGAGCUGUUCGACAACCUGGUGGCCCUCAUCUUUCGUGGCAUCAAAGCAGAGGCCAAUGAGCUGGCGCAGGAGCGGGCUCAAAUCUACCUAUCCGCGGCCGGAUUUCCGACCUCCGCGCGAUCCCAACGCAGCGGACUCACCUCUACCAAUCCCUCGUCAACUGGCAGCUCUCGCUCGCCGGCUUCCAUCGACAGCAGCUCAGUGAGUUCCGCAAGGUCUGACUCCACACUGGUCGGCUCGCGUGUGACUUCGCCAGCCAACUCGCAGUCCUCGAAUGGUGAAAGCGUCGCCUCUACGUUGAGAGGAAGGAGCGAGUUGCUGAAGAAUACGCGUAAGUUUGCCGCCGGGAAUGCAGUCGUGACUGCCGUCCUUAGACGUCGUCUUACCAGUUCGCCUGCUGUGUCGCCUAGACGCAGUACCAGAAAGCACACUGUGAAUACUGAUGCACCCAUUGACAAGCCAAACCACUCAUAG